UUUAUUUGUAUAGAUUAAGUUUAAAUAAGGCAAAUGAUUGUUGAAUGUAACUGGAGUAAAUAUACCAUGAAUAACAAUUAUAGAAUUAUUGCAGUUCUUUUGUGUGGCGUAGUUUUUUGUAGAUGUGAAGUUUUCAAAAAUGUUUCAAUUAGAUACCAUAAAGAUAACAAACAUGUAAUUGGUGAUUUUGAAACCAGUGAACAUAUUCUGAAUAGAGAGACAGGUAUAGAUCAUCGGUAUGAAGACAAUUACAGAUCGAAAUCAAUAAAAAGAAAGUGAAUUUAAACUCAGAUAAUGACUGUGCUACAUUAAAUCUUACAGUUGAUUGUUCAGGGCUUAAAUUAGAUCAUAUAAACUCAUCAUGGUUUCCAAACACAACAGAAAUUAUCCUCUUCAAACAGAAUCUUCUUAAUAAAUUACUGAAUUCAACAUUUUCGCACUUGCUUCAUUUAAAACAUUUAGAUGUCACCCACAAUAAUAUUUUACUUAUAGAGCCUCUCGCCUUUGAGGGUUUGAAAGACUUAAAAUAUUUGAGGUUGGGCUCUAAUAAAAUCUCUUUUGAAAAGGUUUCGGUUGCCAUUUUCAAACCAUUAGAAUCUUUACUGCACUUGGAUCUUUGGUUUCUCAAAGAUCAACGUUGUGAUGUUCCCAGUGCGAUGCUGCAGCCACUUACACAUUUACAGAGCCUGACGAUCAGCACCGUCGGGUUUAGCCUCUAUUUGGGACCUGAGUUUCUGAAGUUUAAACAUUUGGAACUCUUGAAGAUUUCUGGAUCUGCACGAAUGAUAACCAACAAGUCGUUUGAAAAUGUCAACGGUUUGAGAGAGCUGGUACUACGAGAAAUGAUGUUUAUCAACUUUAUAGAUAUAAAUGCAUUCGUACCUUUUAAAAACCUUACAAGCCUCGCUUUGAUAGGCCUAUCCUUUGACUUGAAAAAUGUUUUGCCGAUUUUAUGGCCUUUUAAGGGCAGAUAUAUGAAAGAAAUUUACACUUUGUUAGUCACAACCCAAAAAUCAAUUCCGAAUCCAUGGAAAAAUGGUUUGCUAACUAAAAAUGACUUAAUUUAUGCAACAGAAAUCUGUGUAGAAACUAUUUCGAUGAUAAGAUGUGGUAUCUACUAUGUAACACAAGACGCCUUAAGUAGUAUUGCAACAUGGAAUAGAUGUCUUCGAAACAUUGUAAUAUCAAGAAAUCCUUUAAUUGGAAGCUACAUCGCUUUAUAUCCUUUGAGUUUGCUUCAGAACAUAGAGAAUGUUGUCGUUAAUAAAGCUCUGCGGUCUUGUGAAAAAUUUUCUGAUUUUCCACGUCUAGGUUUAAAUAGAAGAUAUUUCCUUGAGCCUACAGCCCAUAAUAACAUAACUUUAUAUGGUAAAGCUCUUUUUAAAAGUGGUGACUCAUUAAAUGAAACGAAUAGUAUCACUAGAGAAAUGGAUAUGUUGCAAAAGAAAACAUUUUAUGUAUUAAAUGGUACAUUCUAUAUACAUGUUUCUAAGUCUUUAGUGAGCUGGGAUUCAAAACAAUUAUUUCCUGACGGAUCAUUUGAUGUAACAAUUCAAGGAGCUAAUAAUCUACAAUACAUUGAUGUAUCUGAUAGUGGCUAUCACACUUUUUCUGGUAGACUUCAAGGACUCUCGUCUUUGAGAACUGUGAUACUUUCAGGAAAUAAUCUAAAAGAGUUCUCAGAGUCUUUCUUAGAUGGCUUUCUUGGUUUGGAAAACUUGGCUGCUUCUAAAUGUCAGCUAGAUAAGGAUUUUGUCGCCAUGAAAAGUAAUCGAAUCUUUCAGAAUACAAGAAAAUUAAAAGAACUUGACAUCUCCGAGAAUUCUUUAAAUGCAUUAAGUCCAGGAACAUUUUCUACUAAUUCAGAUCUUCGAUAUUUAAGUUUGUCUGGCAAUCAGUUCAAAGAUAUUCCAUUUGAUUUUAAAUUUACUCCUAAUCUUAAAAACUUAGACAUUAGUAAUAACGCUAUCACUACUCUAACAACGGAAAAUAUUAGAGCUUUAGAUUUAUUAAACUCAAAAAACGGAGGGUUUCAGCUCAUGUUGAAUGGAAACAUACUUUCUUGUGGUUGCCAGGAUUUAUCAUUUCUUCAAUGGUUGAACUCAACUUUAGUUCGUUUAGACAACAAUAGAAACUACACCUGCAUGAACAAAGAUGGUGAAAGGACAAACACAUUGACGUUCUCUGAUCUAGAAUCUCUCUGGAGACAAUGUUGGGGCGAAUUCUUCUUUUACAUUGCAUUAAUAACAUUAUGUCUUUAUGUUACUGGCGCAGUCUUAAUAUUUCUUAUGUUAAGGAAUAAAAACUUUCUUGUUUCAUAUUUCUUACAGCUUCUAGGCCAUUUUAAAUUACACACAAGAUUGGAUUAUAAGACAGAUGUUUAUAUUGGCUAUUCAGAUGAAGACUAUCGAUUUCCUUGUAUUGAACUACGCGAACAUCUAGAACGAACUUUAAAAUUAAGCACAUUUGUAAUAGACAGAGAUCUUUUGGCUUCUUUGGACAAAGCCAGUGGCAUUGUGGAUGCGAUCAAUUCAUGUUGGAGAAUUCUGCUUGUCUGUAGUGAAAGUUUCUUAAAGAAUGAGGACUGGUCAAUGUUUACUAUGAGGUCAGCCAUGUAUGCACAAAGUCCAGCUAAUCCUGCAAAAAUUGUUGUAAUGGUUCAUACGAGUUGCCUCUCUUUGAUUCCUACUGAACUGUUAAGUGUCGUCAACGAUGAAAAUAUUUUAGUUGUUUCUGAGUGGAAAAUAAACUACAUUCUAGGUGAAAAGUUGAGAACACGUCUGCUGGCUUAAAAACUUCCUAAAAACAUAAUAUUUAUUCAUUGAAACUUUAGCUUUUGGCGAAUUCGUUAAAGACUUCCUAUACUUAUGUUACGCUUUAGCUAAAAUAGGUUAAGCAACCAAUCACACACUUAGAAACGUCAAAUAAACAAUGGGAAGAUUUGAUGCAUUUAAAAAAAAAAAGAUAAAGAAAAAUAGUAGUUCCAUGUAUAUAUUUUCCAGCAUUAAUUAAUGUGGGAUUUAUUUUUUUUUAAAUUAGUGCUUAUAAAUCAAAUAAUGUUUUUAGCGGGCCCCGUAAGGGGAAAAAGCCGCUAUUAGAUUUGUGCAAAAUGUCCGUCUGUCCGUCUGUCACACUCAGAUCUCGAAAACUAGAAGAUAUGAAAAAUAUUAUUUCACCAUUAAAUGCGGCUCGAAAAGUUUAGGUGCAACGGCUACUUUUGGUUUUCUAAUUAUUUAUAUAUAAAUAAUUUAUAAAAUUAAUUAUGCAAGCGAUUUUUUUUUAAAUACAUCAAUUAUAAAACAAUUACGUAAAUGUAAGGGAGGCAAUGUUACAAUAUGCUAACAAAGAUGGACUAAGUUUGUGUAUUUUUAGUAUCACUAUAUCGAAUAUAUUUAUAAAAUGUACAAGAAAUGUUUACAACAAAUAUAAAUAAUAGUUGAAGGUGUUUUUUUCUGGUCAACUAGCUGCUAAAAUUAAAAGAAAUCAUUUCUGUUUCUUUAUAAAGGCUAAUAAUGCACUUUGUAUGUAAAUAUCACGCACAUUUUUUUAAAUGGACUUUCUGUUCAGUGACUUUCGUGCAGUAGCGUAACUUCGCAACAUGAUGUGGCGCUACACCAAUUCCUUAGACUUUUAAAAAAAAUCAGAUUUUAUGUAUUUUUCGUUUAGUGCCCAUCAUCCGAAUAAAAGAAGCUUAUUUUUGUGCGUUUUGUCUAUUGGUCGGUCUGUCCGUCACGAUUAGAUUAACAAGUAACACUAAAGGCUAUUGAAAAUCUGAUUUAACCUUUAAUUUUUUAAGUAUCUAUAAUAGAUUGUUCCGAAUGUUUUGUGAAAAACAAAUCAAUGCCAGCGAAUAAUUUUUUGCUCUUCUUACAUAUAUUUUAUUUCCAUGCUUAAACGUUGCAAAAACACAUUAUCAAUAAUAUGUUGUUCCGUUUUUUGGAUU